AGAAACCAAAUACAGUGUGUCCAGGAGCCACAGGGCAUGUAGUUUCGUGUAUAAGCAGAAUGUGUGUCAUGUGUGUCAGGCCUGACAACGUCAUUGUUACCUGUUUGCAUAUGUCCUUCUCUGUACACUCACUAUACAAGCAGCUGAUGCCCAGGAAUGUGAACAUCACCUGUAGAAGUGGCUUUGCACAGACAGUGAUGGAGAUUUGAUCUAUAAAUCCGCUGAGCUCCAGGAAUGACUGCUGUUGACACUGUCAACUCUUUUUAUUCAGUGAAACUGGGUGUGUCUGUUUCAGAGGAUUUAAAUCAGCUGCAUUCAAACACAGCUUCGUGUCAACCCAAACAGAUAUGGGUCAUGGGCUCAUGCACCCCAAAGGUAACCUUUCAGGUAGAUGGACCACCUUGCUUGACAUGUCAACGUGAUUUCAAAUCCUCACGUGAUCUGCAGACAUAUGCAAAGCAGACAGGCUCGAUGGGUUUCGACUGCAUGGAGACGUAAUAGAGCUUUUCCUCUCUGUCUUUGAUAACAUGACGGGCAGCAGCCAGCUGGACUUUGGCCCCUCUGAAGGCCGACAGGUGAUACAGGUGAUCUGACGAAGGAGUGUUUCUCUGUUUUGCUGGAUUAAUCCUUGAUUAAUUCCAUGGAAUCUUUUUGAGGGUUGUGUCCCACCAAGUGUGUGUCCCUGCCUGGGUUGUGUCCCUGCCUGGGUUGUGUCCCUGCCUGUUUCACAGUGGUGUGCGUUCAUUUUAGGACUGUGGAUGCUGGUGUGAUGAUAACUGAGAAAACAUGGAUGUCUUUACACUGGGUCUUUUUCUUCUGAUCAUCACGGGAGUGUCGGCUGAGGUGCAGCUCCAGCCUCUAAAUGCAGCGGUGCUCCGUGGUUCGAAGGCUCGGUUUAACUGUAGCUCAACUCAGCCCACAUCCGUCAUGACCUGGACAGUCAAUGGACUCUUGGUUCUCACCAUUAUAGAAGCAUCUGGGGUACUCAACAGCACAGACCGCUUUUCUGCCACAAAUUUCACCACGCCUGGAAAUUACAAAUGGGAGUUUAUAAUUAGCAACGUGCAGAGAGGUGAUGCUGGUGAAGUCACCUGUCAGGUUUUGGGUGGAGAGCCUCAGAUGGCCACUCUUUCUGUACAAGAAAGUGGCAGUGUCGAGAUCGUAGGUGGAAAUCAGACCAAAACGGAAGGAGCUCAGACGGAGUUCCUGUGCCGGGCCGUGGGCUGGUUUCCAGAACCCAACAUGUCCUGGUCUGUAAAUGGAGUGGAAAAUUCCUGCAACAGAAGCUCUGAGACACAGGGAAUUCUGUUUAACUCCAACUGCACGUUGACGGUCACUGCCGUCAAAAAUUCUUCUGUUCAGUGUCUGGUCAAGGUACCUGCCCUGAGCACCCCAGAAAGCAACACUGUCUUUCUGACCGUCGAAAAGUCUGCUAAAAGAGACCAGACGGUGUUGAUCGCUGUCACUGUUGCCUUCAGCGCUGCUGCUCUUUUGUUUCUAAUCAUCUAUGGAAUUUAUUUCUUCUGCAAGAGAAGGAAGAAAAAAUCAAGCUACCAAGAGGAGGUCAGGAGGGCACAAGUCCAGUCCCAGAAUAGGACGCCUUCCACACAAGAUGUGGGAGUACGGGACAACCAAGGAUAUAUUACAGAUGGACAUGAUGGACACACCAACGGUGGCAUCUGGUUUACAAACUAUUCUAACAAAAAUCAGAUGCCUGAUGGCUUUUCUGAGGAUGGUCCCAGGAAGCACAGACACAUGACCAUCGUCUAGAGACUAAAUCUGACUGGUGAACCUUUCUGUUGGAAUUCACAGACAGCAGGUGUUCUGGCUUUCUUCUUCUCUCUUGUGCAUAAAAUCAUCAGUUUAGGUUUAAUUACAGAAGAAAAAGAGCACAAGGGACUUCAUAUCAGCACCUGCACAGGAUUAUUUAUUGGAACACAGAAGCAUUUUCUCUGUGGUCUCAGACCUUUGGACCCAACUGAAUACUGUAUAUUUUUUACCACCAAUGCAUGUUUCACAUAAUGAACUCUCAUUUUUUUUCAUUUUUAUGGACUUUAAAACAUAAACAUGAUCAAAAUGCAGGCAAUCUAGAGGUUGGUUAAAAUCCACCUGUGUCUGAUUAGUCAUAUGAACAAAGUACACUAUAUUGCCAAAAGUUUUGGGAUGCCUGCAUUUACGUGCACAUGAACUUUAAUGACAUCCCAUUCUUAAUCCGUAGGAUUUAAUAUGGAGUUGGCCCACCCUUUGC